GUUGCAUUAUUGAAAUUUAUUGUAUGGUAAUUAUUAACGUGAAUGUUUCCAUAUAUUUCAUAUCAAUAAACCAAAAUACAAUUUUAAAAUGUUUUCUUUGAAAAUUUUAUCACGUCAUCUUGAAAACAAAAUCAGUUUUUUUUCUUUUUUUUUAAAUUAUAUGCUAUUUUUCUACCAAAAUUGUAGCAUUGAACGACUUCAUUGGAAGCAUGGCAGCUUAAUAAAAGAUAGUUACGUUCCUUCACCAUAUAAGCGAAUCUCAUGAAUAAAAGAGAAUAGAUGCAUAACACUCCAGUCAUUUUUUCAUUAAGAUUUUCUGCUGGUUUUCUCGUGUCACUUAACCCGGCAACACAAAAUCCCCAAUUCGCAACAGGACCCCAAAAAUGAGUACUAGUGCAGUUUUGUUUAAUGUAUUUGAAAGCACGACAAGCCAUUUAAAAAUUUGGUAGUUGUACGUUUUAUGAAAAGUAUUAUGUACAGAUAGACGUUGAAUAAUCUGAAUAAGUAAUAUCUUAAAACAUUCUUGUAGAGAAGAAAAACCUCCUAAAGUGGUAUGUGUUAUAAGAUUUUAAUAUAAUACUUGUUAUUAAAAAAAAUUAUUUGAUCUAUAACAUAAAAUAAACUAUUCUAAUCUUUUUUUAAGCUUUACUUCAUAUAUAUUUUUAAAAUAACAACGCAACAAAUAAAAAUUAAAUAUUUCUUUUUUUUGUCGUGGUGUGGUACAUAUAUAUCGAGCAUGUCUUACAAAGGACUACAUGCGGCACAGGAAUGGGUUUCUUUUAUAAAUUAAUUUUAACAUUACAUUGAGUACCUUUUAAGUAAGGUGUGAAUCUUUCUACUUGCUACCAUCUACUGUUUUCUUCAUAAAUUUUCUUUAAAAAUUGGAGUUUAGAUUCUAUAAUUUUUUAAAAACAUGGCUGACCGUAAAGUUCUUGUAAAAUAUUAUCCACCCGAUUUCGAUCCUCAAAAAUUAGCUCAAAAGAGUCGUUUAUAUCGUAACAUCGAUGCUAAAAAAAAAAAAGGGGAUUCUAAAUUAAUGAAUGUUCGCUUUAUGUUUCCUUUUACAAUGUGCUGUGCAACAUGUAACGAGUUUAUAUAUAUUGGAACUAAAUUUAACAGUAGAGUUGAGCGUAUUAAAGGAGAGGAUUACCUUGGAAUCACAAUAUGGAGAUUUUAUGGGCAUUGUCCUCAUUGUCGAGCAGACAUUCAAUUUAAAACUGAUCCACAAAAUACUGAGUAUAUUCUAGAGUCGGGUGGUACUCGAACGUAUGAUCAAAGGAAAGACGCUGCCCUGGCCGAGGAAUCCUUGAAAGGAAAGCUGGAGGAAGAACUUGGAGACACUAUGGCUGCAUUAGAACAUAAAACCAGCACGACAGCAAACGAACUCAUUACGCUUGAGCAACUUGACGAACUAAGAAAAAUCAACAAACGGAUGCUGGAUCGAGAAUCCACAUUAGAAGAUGCUGUAAAUUGGUUGAAAACUAAAACUGUACAAGCAGAAGAAAAAAAAUACUCUGAAAUAUUAAAAGAAGAUGAUAUACAUGAUUUAGAAAAGGCAAAAGAAGAAAUCGAAGAACAAAAAUUUCGACUACUACAGGAACAAGAUGUUGAGCAAACUGAGUCAGAAGACAUUUGCGUUCCCCAAGCCAAGCACGUGAAACUUUCGAACACUAAUUUUUAUUUAAAGCCUUGUAACGUAAAAAUAAUUAAAUCUAAUGAAAGUGUCGGAAACCAUUCUAAAAAAGUUCAGAACACCUCAUUAUCAGAUUUAAAUACUUACGAUUCAUCUACUUCUGAUUCAUCCCUUAGUUAAAAUGAAUUUUCUUUUGUCGCCGUUCUCGAGCUUCCUCUUUUACUUUUCGUUUCCAUUCCUUUGGAUCCAUACCUUCGGGUAUUUUUCCUACAAAACACAGCAAUCACAUUGGAACAGAAUCUUUGCAGCAAGUUUUUUCCUGACUCUUUAAGACUAGUGUGUUUUAGUUUA